UCUCUAAAUCAUCAUGGCAAAUUUUGAGGCUAUAAUUCGAAAUUCACUUUUAAACUAAGUUCACUUUGCCUUUUCGAUCAAAAGUAGGAGGAAAAAGGACGGCCUAGCAAGUCCUUCUCAAAUUCAUUGUACUAACCUUUAUUUUCACUAAUUUCGUAUUCCGUAUGGCCAACACGCAAGCUGAAAAUGUGAAUUAGAGAUGCGCAUUAGUGAUGUAAAAACACAUCGAUGCAUCGAGCAUCGAUGUUUUUUUGCCGAUGUUUACCGAUGUUUUUCGGUGUUUUUGCUCGUUUUUGCUGUUUUUGCAAAACAUCGAUCGUUUAAUUUCAAAUUAUUGCGUAUUUGUCUUCUGUAAUAGGCUCUGCACACUGAGCCCAUCCCGGGGGAAUGGUGGGAUUUUUUGACAGAUGUGAAACUCCGAUUCACACUGCCACCAUCCACCAUCCGUCAAAAACAGCUGAUCCCAAUAACAAGUUUAUUAAAUUUGCGCGGAAGAUUUAUUAAUUCUUGGUUCUUAUAAUGGAUGAUGAAGAUAUAGCAAUUAUUUCGGCUGUGGUUCAACAGCAAAAUAUUUUCUUGCACCAACUAAUAAUGUUGCUGUCAAUGAAUAAUGAUGAUGAAUGAUGACUUUAACAUUGACGAGGAUGAGAUGACCCAGAUGACUGCCAUAAAAACACAAAAGCCAGGAAGAUUAUGGUCGUUUAAGCGGUUCGGGACAUUUUGGGAGAAAGAUGUACCAGAAAACAACGAGGCGUUUUUCAAAGAGAGUUUCCGAAUGGAGAGGCCUUGCUUUGAUAUUUUAGUGAAUCGGCUUGAAGGGCUGCGAAAGAAGGACACCAACUGCCGAGCUGCAAUUCCUUUGGAAAAGCGCAUCGCCAUUGCGCUAUACACUUUGGGCUCGUCCUCUGAGUAUCGAACAGUUGGCAGGCUUUUCGGUGUAGCUCCAAACAGUGUGUGUAAUAUCCUGCACGAGUUUUGCAGAGCACUUAUCGACGAGUUUUCGAAGGAGUACAUGUCGCCCAAUAACCUAACUUCCGACAAAAUUUAUGAGUGCGUAAAGGGAUUCGAGGAAAUUGGGUUUCAUCAGUGCCUAGGAAAUCAAUAAGAACUUCAGCAAUAUGUUUACAUAUAAAUUGGUUUUUAAACUUCCUUUUUAUUCUAGAUGGAUGCCACAUCGAAA